AUGUCUACGAUGAACGUUUGCCAGAGAGGAUCCGUCGCCUUUGUCCUUGUCACUCUCAUCAUUACCCUUUACUCCGGCCAUGUUGCAGCCGGGACCAAACAGCAAUGCAGCUACCACUUCUCCCCCACCAGCUCUAAGGGGAAAGGAGCGUCUGCAGAAACGAUGCCAACGGAUUAA